AACGGUAACGGAGGAGCAGGUGGAGGCGGCGGUGGCGGAGGAGGAGGAACAACAACAGAAGGAGGCGGCAGCGGCGGCGGCGGAGGAGGAGGAACGGCAGGCGGAGGAGGAGGAGGAGGAGGCCAUGUAACAGCAGCGGCGGCUGCAGCGGCUGCGGCGGCGGCGGCGGCGGCGGCAGCCUCAGAAUACACAGUAAGUCCCCACGACCUGUCGCCUUCUAACAUUGCCGCAGCACGUUCCUCCUCGGAGGCCAUCCCCGUCAGUGUGAGCACCAUGAUCGACAGCAGUGAGUUCCGCUCCCAGAUGGGCGAAGCAGCCACCUACCAGACUUUGAACGGCCGGAUGAGUCCCGGCUACAGCCCCAACAACAGUUACGCCACCCUGACGCCACUGCAGCCUCUGCCGCCCAUUUCCACCGUGUCGGACAAGUUUAGCGCUCAUCACGUUCCCCCAACGUCGAACGUCAGCGGCAGUUUUACACUGAUGCAAAAUAAUGGACUAGGAAUGGACAUGAACUACCGUUACGAUAAACUGACCAGUAUGGGUAUGAGCAUGGGCACAGCCCUGGGUGGCAGCCCCAUGUCCUCAAUGAUGGCUAGCAACGGCUACCAACAAGGGCUAAGCUCGUACGGGUAUGGCCACGGCCAGAACGGGCUCCAUUCGCCCAAGCCCGAACCGAAAAUGGUUUCCCCUACCAACUACGAAGCUUAUCGAAGCAGCCUCGGCGCACCACCACCAAGUUCUUCGAGGCUUCCCUCACCUAGUGGCAUGAUGCCGACCCCGUCAUCUAUGAAUGGUUUGCAAACUUCAGUGGCCACUUCGUCCCCUCACAGCCAUCACAGCAUGAGUCCCCAGCGCGAGCGACCAUCUACGUCCUCUAGCUCGUCCGAAUCUCAACAGUCGUCAUCUAAUAAAGAAGUGGAAGAAAUUAACACCAAGGAGUUAGCACAAAAGAUUAGUAGCGAACUGAAAAGGUACAGUAUCCCACAGGCUGUGUUCGCUCAGAGAGUGCUGUGUCGGAGCCAAGGGACCCUCAGCGAUCUGUUAAGAAACCCUAAACCAUGGAGCAAACUUAAGUCCGGACGUGAAACUUUUCGGAGGAUGUGGAAAUGGUUACAAGAACCCGAGUUUCAAAGGAUGUCGGCUCUUAGACUUGCAGUAGGUUUCAGUGGAUACAAUCAAACAGAUCAGGGGGAGACUACUACACAUUGCGAGGAUACUGUCAGCCUAUUAGCGAAACAGUGCGAGUCUGUGGAUUUACCAAGCGGUGUGUCUUAUCGGCCCUCUGUUAGCCCCUACAUAUGGCUGGACAAAUCCACUGGUGGGAUGCCUAGGACUGCCCUAAAGGACCAGGGUGAACUUUCAUUUUAUAGUAGCUCAGGGUUGGACAAUUCCACUGGCGAGGUGCUUGGGACUACCAUUAUGGAGCAUCAGCUUGGGGGUGACAUUUCAUUUAAUACUAAUAGCCUUGCAGAAGUUCAAGCAAUCCUUUCAGAAGGAUAGUAAUUACAG